GACAGCUGGACAGUGGACAGGUAUGCACCCUGCAAUGGGCAAUUAGGCAUAAUUGUAAAAUUGGACUUGGACAAAUGCCAACCAUGAUUGGACAAGAACAAUCGUAUGAUAAAUCUGGCCCAUUUCAUCCAUACCUAAAAAUUUAAUUUUUCUAAAUUUAUUCUGUGAGAGGUAAGGAAAAUGGCAUAUUUUUGCAUGCAAUUUUUUAAGAUCACCUGCAAAAUGAUCAUUUUCACCCAUAAUUUGAGGAAAUUAUUGCUGGGCAUUCUAAAUUGGAUAGGUAAAGGGCAAUAGGCAGAAUUAUGAUUUAUUAAUUUGCAGGGUUCAAUAACCACAUGAUGACUACAAAGUUUUUUUUUAAUUUGACUGCCCUAUAAAGAUAGGCCUAUGUUGUUUUUUUCAUUAGUAUGCUACUAACAGAUACAAAAAUUUCCUAUUUGUUCUGCUUUAGAUCAGAUAUUCAAACUUGUCAAAAUUUUCAGAAUAAUAAUAAUAAUUUUGUGACCAAUAUACUUUAUUCUGUAGAGAUUUACUUAGUUGGAACUUGGGCCGACAAACUUUUUCCUGGGGUGGAGUGAAAUUUGUGUGAAUCGUGUCUAAUAUUAAUUCUGCUUCCUUCAAUGUGCAAUGCCUAUCAUUUGAUCUUCAAGUGAAACAAGCCCUGAAAAUCAACCAAUUGCUGAAGCAAUGAUUAAUCAUGCUAAUGAAACCAAAUCUGAUCCACUAAAAUCUACUGUAAAAAAAUCUUUUACCCAUGAGCAUUCGGAAAGUACUAAGGGCAAAAAGUCAAUUGAAUCAAAGAAAACUGAUAAUCAUGUGAAAUUGAAACAAAAUGCUGAGCCCAAAUCAAGGAAGAAUCCAAUUUCUAUGUAUAAUCAAAAAGUAGAAGAUUUGCAAAGCAACUUGAAUGCCAUUAAGAAAAAUUCAGAUGAGAAAUUAAAUGUACAUGCUGUGGCAGCAAGUGAGAUAGGGGCCCAUUCUAAAUUGGAGGGGAUAGCUGGUUUUGAUGAUGAAGAUAAAUAUCCAUUAUUUAAUCACAAAAUAGAUUAUGACUAUCAAUUCACCCAUGAAAGUGAUAAAAAUGAAUCAGAAACUACAAAAAAUGUUGAUGCAUUAUCAAAGGAAAAAUGUGUUAACCAUGUACUUGAAAAAGAGUCUUCCACUACAUAUGAGCUGGAAACAGAAAAUUUUGAAUGUGAUUUACAGUGGAAAAUCAAUAAGAUCAGAAAUGUAUUAGAUGAACCUGUCUUGGAUGUUUAUGCUCUGCAGCAGUUGGCUGAGGAGGAUGAAGGCUUUGUUUCAGAUGAUUUGCGUAAGGAAGUAUGGCCUAGGCUGCUACUGGUGCACCAGUCACAACCCGUUCCUCUGCUGACUUGCCAACAAGCUCAGCUUCAUUCCUCAUAUUCUCAGGUUGUGAUGGAUGUGGAGCGCACACUGAAGCGGUUCCCCCCUGACAUCAGUCCUGAGAAGCGGCAGGAGCUCAUGGAUAAACUUACCAGAGUUAUCAUGACAGUGCUGCAACGCAACCCACUCUUCCAUUAUUAUCAGGGCUACCAUGAUGUGGGCAUCACAUUUUUGCUGGUGUGUGGAGAGAAACUAGCCAUACUGUUGCUUGAAGAGCUCUCCUUGACCCACCUCAGAGAGUUCCUACAGCCAACCAUGGAGCGCACACAGCGCUGGCUAGCCUACCUGUAUCCCAUGCUAGCUGCUCAGAGCCCCGCGCUGUAUAAUCACCUAGAAGAGUGCGGCGUAGGCACAAUGUUCUGCCUGCCGUGGCUGAUCACGUGGUACGCUCACUCACUGUCCGAGUACCGCCACGUGGUGCGUCUGUACGACUUCUUACUCGCGUCACCUCCACUCAUGCCCAUAUAUGUGGCUGGGGCAAUCAUCCUGCAUAGAGAACAGCAGCUGCUGGCCGUGCCCUGCGACAUGCCCAGCAUGCAUCAGGCGCUCUCCAGGAUCCCUGAUGAUAUGCCACUUGAAAGUGUCUUCAAGGAAGCACGCCAGAUGUACAAACGGCUUCCUCCUGCAUCUCUCUCUGACGGCGUCGACCGUUAUCUUCUACGGCAGAAGCAGCGCGAGGAGGCCGAGCGAGCAGAGCGGGACCGGCGUAUUGCUGCCAGGAAGCACGCGUCCGGUCGUAGCCCUGCGUGGUGGCUGCCCUCACAACUACGACGGGCGAUGUGGGCUACGUCUGCAGGAUACGGCAGGACAUGGGCGUUUGCUGCUGGCACCGUAGCCUUAGUGGCGGUGGCACUGGGCGUGGCGUCGAUCUACUUCCGGCCUGACAGCAGUCGGCUGAUAGGCGCAUCGUGGGGAGCAGACAGGCCUGUGAUUGCACCGUGACUCUUCUUUCUCUAAUACAGCGCGCCAUAGCUUGAUGCCUUUGUACAUAAUAAUAUAGGUAAAUUAAAACCAUAUGAUUUGUUAACUUUUGUUGAUUGAUGAGUGAUGUGUUAUAUUCUUUCGAGAAUUUUAUAGUAUAAUUCUAUAAGCACAAAA